UGCUGCUCGUCUUCCUGGGCAUCCUCUGGGUGAAGAUGGGCAAGCCCUCGGCGCCGCAGGAGGCGGAGGACAACAUGAAAUUGUUGCCGGUGGACUGUGAGAGAAAAACAGAUGAGUUCUGCCAGGCCAAGCAGAAGGCAGCCUUGCUGGAGCUGUUGCAUGAGCUGUACAACUUCCUGGCCAUCCAAGCAGGUAAUUUUGAGUGUGGCAAUCCAGAGAAGCUAAAAAGCAAAUGCAUUCCUGUCCUGGAGGCUCAGGAGUACAUCGCUAACGUGACCAGCAGCCCCUCGGCAAGGUUUGAGGCCGCGCUCACCUGGAUACUGAGCAGCAAUAAGGAUGUGGGCAUCUGGUUGAAAGGGGAAGACCCAUCUGAGCUGGUGACAACAGUGGACCAAGUGGUCUGCCUGGAGUCUGCCCGGCCCCGAAUGGGCGUAGGCUGCCGCCUGAGCCGGGCCCUGCUCACCGCUGUCACCCACGUGCUCAUCUUCUUCUGGUGCCUGGCUUUCCUGUGGGGCCUCCUGAUCCUCCUGAAGUACAGAUGGCGAAAGCUAGAAGAAGAAGAGCAGGCCAUGUACGAGAUGGUGAAGAAGAUUAUAGACGUGGUCCAGGACCACUAUGUGGACUGGGAGCAGGACAUGGAGCGCUACCCAUAUGUGGGCAUCCUUCACGUGCGAGACACCCUCAUCCCCCCACAGAGCCGACGGCGUAUGAAGCGAGUGUGGGACCGUGCUGUAGAAUUCCUGGCUUCCAGUGAAUCCCGGAUCCAGACUGAAUCCCACCGUGUGGCGGGGGAGGACAUGCUGGUGUGGAGAUGGACAAAGCCUUCUUCCUUCUCUGACUCAGAGCGAUAGGACAGGGCCUGUUCCAGCCGGCCUGGCCUGGCCACGCAGCUGGGGCAAGGGCACAGACCUUUGGUGCUCAUUCACGCCUGCCUUGAUUGCCCUCCUGGUCUCAGUUCUGGGACGUGUGGGCUUCUUAGGGUCGCAGGGAGAGCGGGUGAGGCCCUCCUCUAUGCCAGUCUUACUGACAGAAAGGAAGAAGGGCUUGCUCUUCCUAGAGAGAAAAACAGGGGCAGUGGUUGGAACCCUGGAGGCCCUGCACACAGUUAGAUAGCAACCAGUGAUCUGAAGCCCCUGGCUUGGGUGGUGGGUCGGGAGGUGGGCUGGGCAGCAGGGGCCUGGGGAGCGCUUGGUCCAUGUGCCUUUGCAAGUGUUUCCAGGGAGCUUGAGGGUGAGGGGAAAACCCUGUCCUGCUGCUGCAGGAGCCUCUUUGUCCAAAAGGGGAAGAUGCUACAGAUUAGAACCAGCUGCAGGGGACAGAGUAGAGGUGGACAGGGUCCAGCCACAGCUGCCUGUGCCUCAGUGCUUCUCACAGAUGGGAAGUGCAGCCCUGAGCCAGGGUGGAGCCUCAGCUUCCUGCCAGGCUCAACACCUUAUUUUUACUGUUACAAGACCUCUUCAGGCUGUGGAGCUGGAACAGGCUGGCACAGGUGGGGUACGGCAUUGUGGCUGCACACUGCCCCCUGCAGGCUACAUGGAGCAGUGUGGGCCGUUGGCCUGCUGUGCAGUGGAGGGCCUGCUCCAAAAACACCCAGUGGGGGGCCUCAUUAGCUGAGAGGGAGGCUCUCCAGCAAGUCAUCUAGCGGGCCUCACCCACAGCACAGGAGGGUGGCGGGAGGCCCAGGCCGAGGCCCCGCUGCCUCCAGAAGACACAGAUGCCCCUCUCUGACCUGAUGCUGUUUCUCAAUAAAGCACCAUCUCCGUUUAGCAAUACUCUGAUUUCUCCGUGUCUGGGUGGUCAGUGGGACAGGUUUGAGCCAGCGCCUGUGGCAAGGCCUGUUCUCAUGAUCAGGGUUCAGCUAGAAGAAGCUUUGUGUUGCGGGUGGAACUGUCAGGAAAAUAAAAUAUUUAUUGAAUAUGAA